AUGAAGCAAAGAUGGCAGCACGGAACGGGAAUAUCGACUGUGCGGGAUCAUGAAAAAACACAUUUAAUAUUAAGCAUAACGCGGUGAAAAUGUGGGGGCCAUACGUUUGUCACCCAUUUCAUUUUUCAUUAUAAACAUUAUAAAUUAUGGCGUGGCAUGUUGUUGGACACUGACAAAAGCUCCGAUGUAGGCUAUUUUUUCUUGCAAGCUAACAGUAGCUAGUGCCUAGCUGUAGGUAAACUGGUUGCAGCAGUCACUCAUCGCAUGUCGUUUUCAGGAGUAAAAUUGGAUGGGAAAAACAAUGUGACGACCUGAGUUCAACCGAGCGGAUCGAUGUUUUGGGACGCGUCCUACCAACUUGGGUUUCACGGCAACUGUGUCUGAUGUGACCUUAACAUUAUUAAGUGGAUAUAUACAUUGCUUUUAAGGAUGAUGUAUGCUACUGCAGCGGCAGCCGGAGCCGGUGGAGGAAUUUUGUCGUCCUCGUCCGUAGGUCUGGGCGUCAGGCUGGUCUCAGAAGCGGGGACCCGCUUCUCAACUACAGUGAUGGAUGCUCAUUCCACUUCUGGAGUCUUGUCAGAUUACCAGGGCAGUAAUCACCUUCUCUCAGGUCGAUCUUUGGCUGACAGCUACCGCAAAAUUUAUACCAUCGCUGUCGGUGACAAAGAGCAAGGGCAAAAUCCAGGGAGAAAGAAAACGUUGAAUAAGAAGAAAUCAAAGAAGCGUCAGAAAGUUAAGUCCAAAGCCAGAACGAGAGUAAAGGUUGAGGGCUUAGAUGGGCCUCAUUGUGUACCUGAUGUCAAGGUGUACAGUAACCCGUCAGCUUUCAACGUGUACUGCAACGUGCGGCAGUGUGUGUUGGACUGGCAGCUCAAGGAGACCUCCCUGACGUUGGCGUCGCACGGCUCCGUGCAGAGCGGAGACUCGGACAGCGAAGAAGAGGAGGAGCACCAUGAGCCCCCUAUCAAACUCCCCAAGAUUAUCGGCAUUGGUCUGUGUGGAGUGUUUGAGCUGAUCAAAGAGACGCGCUUUUCGCAUCCCUCGCUGUGCCUACGGAGUCUCCAGGCCCUGCUGGACAUGCUGCAGGGGCAACAGCCGGAGGGCUUCCAGACCGAACCACCAGAUGUCCUUGAAUCUCUUUUCCACCUCCUGCUGGAGAUAACGGUGCGCAGCACUGGGAUGAACGACCCGGCGGGGCAGGCCCUCACAGCCCUGUCCUGUGCCUGCCUCUUCAGCCUGGUGGUGGCCUGGGGGGACACAGGCAAGACCCUGCAGGCCGUCUCCACAAUACUCACCAACAACGGCAGCCACGCAUGCCAGACGAUAAAGGUACCAUCCAUCCUUAACGCAUUGCAAAGGAGUGUACAGGCCGUGCUGGUGGGCAAGAUCCAGAUCCAGGAUUGGUUCGGAAAUGGGAUUAAACACGCAGCACUCAUGAACAAGUGGCAUCUAAGGGAGCUGAGUAUUGAAGAGGAUGAGAACUGCUUGCUGCAGACCGACGGCUCGUUUCUCUAUCUGCUCUGCAAGGACGGCCUCUUCAAAUUGGGGUCAGGAUACAGCGGCACAGUACGGGGACAUGUAUAUAAUUCUACAUCACGUGUACGAAACUGGAAGGACAAAAAGUCAUGGCUGGGAUUUGCUCAGGAUUGCUUGCUAUAUUGUUGCGAUGCGAGUAGCCACAACAUGACCGCCGUCAGGAUAAACCCAGAGACACUGGAGCAAGAGGGAACGGUCACCAUGCCAGGUGUGCAGACAGAUGGACAAAACCUUGUCUUCACUGAUGGAGAGCAUAUCAAUCAGAUUGCUGCCUCAAAAGAUGACGGUUUUGUGGUGCGAAUUUAUGCUGUAAGUCCAGAUGUAGCUCUGCAACAAGAACUGCAGCUCAAGCUGGCAAGAAAGUGUCUCUAUGCCUGCGGAAUCUCCCUCUUCGACCUCGAGAAGGAGCUUCACAUCAUCAGCACAGGGUUUGAUGAGGAGGCAGCCCUGCUGGGAGCAGGCAGAGAGUUUGCAUUGAUGAAGACUGCAUCAGGAAAGGUCUACUACACGGGGAAAUACCAGAGCCUUGGUAUCAAACAAGGAGGCCCGUCAGCUGGCAAAUGGGUCGAGUUGCCAAUCACCAAGUCACCUAAAAUCGUGCAGUUCUCUGUCGGCCAUGAUGGUUCCCAUGCUCUCUUGGUAGCGGAAGAUGGUAGUGUUUUCUUCACUGGACUGGCCAGCAAGGGCGAGGAUGGAGAAACAACCAAGAGUCGAAGGCAGCCAAAGCCGUACAAGCCCAAGAAGAUGAUGAAGCUGGACAGCAAGACGGCCGUCUACACCGCCUGCAACAACGGCAGCAGCAGCAUCAUCACCAAGGAAGGCGAACUUUACAUGUUUGGGAAGGAUGCUAUCUACAGCGACAGUACCUGCCAGGUAGCCGACCUCAAAGGCCAUUUGCUCACUCAGGUAGCUAUGGGCAAGGCUAACACGUGUGUUCUCACCAAAAGUGGAGAGGUGUGGACAUUUGGAGUGAACAACAAGGGUCAGUGUGGCAGAGACACAGGAGCCAUAACCCAGGCUGGUAAAGUCUUUGGCGUGGAGAACAUGGCCACGGCGAUGGACGAGGACCUGGAGGAUGAACUGGAGGAGAAGGAGGAGAAGUCGGUCAUGUGCCAGCCGGGCAUGCACAAGUGGAAGCUGGACCAGUGCAUGGUGUGCACGGUGUGCGGAGACUGCACCGGGUAUGGAGCCAGCUGCGUCAGCAGUGGCCGACCCGACCGCGUUCCUGGAGGCAUCUGUGGCUGUGGUUCUGGUGAGUCGGGCUGUUCAGCUUGCGGUUGCUGUAAAGCGUGUGCCCGGGAGCUGGACGGACAGGAGGCCAGACAGAGAGGCAUCUUCGAUGCGGUGAAGGAGAUGAUUCCAUUGGACCUGCUUUUAGGUGUGAAUAUUGAGGAACACAUCCAGAUAAGGCAAGAAGAGAAGAGGCAACGCAUCAACAGACGCCAUCGAUUGGAGGAAAGUCGAGAUGGAAGUAGUGAGCGGGCCGACAAAGAUGCCAGUAAGAUCACAACGUACCCUCCCGGGGCAGUACGCUUUGACUGUGAACUGCGUGCUGUCCAGGUCUGCUGCGGGUUCCACCACUCCGUGGUGCUGAUGGAAAACGGAGAUGUUUACACGUUCGGCUAUGGUCAGCAUGGGCAGCUUGGCCAUGGCGACGUGAAUUCCAGAGGGUCUCCCACCUUAGUGCAGGCUCUGCCUGGGACGAGUGUUCAAGUGACGGCAGGAAGCAACCACACCGCUGUGUUACUUACGGACGGACAAGUCUUCACUUUCGGGAGCUUCUCGAAAGGACAACUUGGUCGCCCAAUUUUGGACAUGCCAUACUGGAAUGCCAAGCCUUCCCCCAUGCCCAACAUCGGUGCCAAGUAUGGCCGCAAAGCAACGUGGAUAGGGGCCAGCGGGGACCAGACCUUCCUCAGGAUUGACGAGGCGCUCAUCAAUUCCCACGUCCUCGCCACUUCAGAGGUCUUUGCCAGCAAGCACAUCAUUGGUUUGGUGCCAACCUCAGCCACGGAGCCGCCUCCUUUUAAAUGCCUGCUGAUUAACAAAGUGGAUGGCAGCUGCCGAACCUUCAGCGAUUCAGAGCAAGAAGACCUGCAAGGAUUUGGACUCUGCCUAGAUCCAGUUUAUGACGUCAUCUGGAGGUUAUUGCCUGCCACACGGGAGAUAUGGUGCUACAAUGCCGUUAUUGCUGACGCUCGUAUGCCGACAACAUCCGACAUCCAGGGGCGUUGCAGCAUCCUCAGCCCCGAGCUGGCGUUGCCUUCAGGGCCACAUGCCACCACCACGCGUUCCCAUGGGGCUCUGCACAUCCUAGGGUGCCUGGACACAUUGGCUGCUCUGCAGGAGCUGAAGAUUGGGGUGGCCUGCUCGGAGGAGGAAACCCAGUCCGUGAUGAAAGUCUACUCCAAAGAGGACUACAGCGUUGUAAACCGCUUUGAAAGUCAUGGAGGCGGCUGGGGCUACUCUGCUCACUCGGUUGAGGCCAUCCGCUUCUGUGCUGAUGCCGAUAUCCUCCUCGGUGGGCUCGGUUUGUUUGGGGGUCGCGGAGAGUACACUGCCAAAAUCAAGCUAUUUGAACUUGGUCCUGAUGGCGGGGACCAUGAGACGGAUGGAGAACUUCUGGCUGAAACCGACGUCCUUGCCUACGACUGUGCUGCCAGGGAGAAGUAUGCCAUGAUGUUUGAUGAGCCGGUGUUGUUGCAGCAAGGAUGGUGGUAUGUGGCCUGGGCUCGAGUGUCUGGUCCCAGCAGCGACUGCGGCUCACAUGGCCAAGCGACGAUCACCACGGAUGACAGCGUGAUGUUUCAAUUUAAGAGUUCAAAGAAGUCCAACAAUGGUACUGAUGUGAAUGCAGGACAGAUACCCCAGUUGUUGUACAGGUUGCCAUCUAAUGAUGGGAACACGACAAAGGGGAAGCAGCAGACCAGCGAGCCAGUUCACAUCCUCAAACGAUCUUUUGCCAGGACUGUCUCAGUGGAUUGUUUUGAGUCGUUGCUGAGCAUCUUGCACUGGAGCUGGACGACCCUGGUGUUGGGUGUGGAGGAGCUGCGGGGCCUGAAGGGCUUCCAGUACACCGCAACGCUGCUGGAUCUGGAGCGCCUGCGCUUUGUGGGAACCUGUUGCCUACGCCUGCUGCGCGUUUACAUCUGUGAAAUAUUCCCAAUAUCAGCCACCUCAAAGGCAACCGUGGAGGAGUCUAGCAAGCUGGCUGAAUGUGUGGGUAAAACACGCAGCUUAUUGAAGAAAAUCCUCUCUGAGGGUACAGACAACUGCUUGACCAAGCUGGACAACGACCCCGAGGGCUAUCUCAGCCAGCCUCUCAUACUGCUGGAGGCGGUGCUGCAGGAGUGCCACAACACCUUCACCGUCUGCUUCCACUCCUUCUACCCCACCCCAGCUCUACAGUGGGCCUGCUUGUGCGAUUUGCUCAACUGCCUGGAUCAGGACAUCCAGGAAGCAAAUUUCCGCACCUCGAGCAGUCGUCUGCUCGCAGCGGUGAUGUCAGCGCUGUGCAACUCCUCUGUGAAGCUGACCUCGAUCCUUCCCAUCGCCUACGAUGGCGAGGUGUUGUUACGCUCACUGGUCAAGCAGGUGAGCACUGAGAAUGACUCGGCCCUCGCUCACCGCUUCCCCCUGCUGGUCUCGCACAUGGAGAAGCUCAGCCAUAGCGAGGAGAAUUUGAUGGGCAUGACGAGUUUCCGAGAGGUUCUUGAGAAGAUGCUGGUGAUUGUGGUGCUGCCGGUGAGAAAGAGCCUUCGAAAGGAGGUGGAGCUCUUCUCCCCUCACCUGGUGUCCAACACCUGCGGGCUUCUGGCCAGCAUUGUCCGGGAACUAACUGCUUCAGCUCUCGGUUCAGAGAUGGAUGGGCUGAAUUCUCUGCACUCUGUGAAGUCCUCCCCCAGCCGCUUCACCAAAAUGAGUCAGGGUCGAAGCUGGAACACGGGCAAUGGCUCUCCGGACGCCAUUUGCUUUAGUGUUGACAAAGGAGGUGUCGUAUUGGUGGGAUUUUGUGUCUACGGCGGAGGCGGGAUUCACGAGUAUGAAUUAGAGGUGCUCGCUGAUGAGGGCCAGGCGGAACAUCCUGGCGACUCUGCCCACUCACACAGGUGGACAUCUCUGGAGCUGGUCAAGGGUACCUACAGCACAGACGAUUCUCCCAGUGAUAUCUCAGAGAUCAGGCUCGAUAAAGCCAUUCCUCUCAAAGAGGGUGUAAAAUAUGCCGUGCGUCUUCGAAACUACGGUAGCCGCACUGCUAACGGGGAUGGUGGCAUGACCACGGUGCAGUGUUCCGAUGGGGUGGCCUUCACCUUCAGUACCUGUAGUCUAAGCAGCAAUGGCACCAACCAGACACGAGGACAGAUCCCACAGAUCCUGUACUACAGAAGCGAAUAUGAUGGUGAUCUACAAUCACAAAUGAUGAGUAAAGCCAAUGAAGAGGACAAAAACUGCAGCAGAUCUUUGUCUGUGGUCAGUGCUGUGGUCAGAGCUGCAAAAGACCUUCUUCACAGGGCAUUUGCCGUGGAUGCAGAUGACAUCCCCGACCUCCUGAGCUCCUCCAGCUUAUUCUCCACCCUGCUGCCCCUCAUCCUGGCCUACAUCGGUCCAGUGGCUGCUUCUGUUCCCAAGGCUGCCGUGGAGGUGUUCGGCCUAGUCCAAGAACUGCUUCCAGCGGUGUCUGCUUUGAAUCAGAAGUACGCCCCACCUGCCUUCAACCCUAACCAGUCGACAGACAGCACCACUGGCAACCAGGCUGACCAGGGCUUGUCAGCGUGCACUACAUCCAACCACUACGCUGUGCUGGAGAGCGACCAUCCCUACAAGCAGGCCAGCGUGACGCAGUACAAGGUGUCAUUCCCAGACUGUGUGCGGUGGACAACAAUUGAGUUUGACAGUCAGUGUGGUACGGCACAGUCGGAAGAUGUACUACGACUGUUUAUACCUUGCAGAGCGCUUCAAAUGUCUACCCUUCACUCAAAACUACUUAGCCACGACGUCAUCAACUCUUGGACUGAGCUCAAGAAGUUUUCGGGCUCCAACGGCUGGCCAACUUCUGUUUUGGUCCUACCAGGAAAUGAGGUCCUGUUUUCCCUGGAGACGGCAUCUGAUUAUGUGAAAGAUGAGAAGUCCUGCUUCUACGGCUUCAGGUGCACUGCAGUGGGGUAUGAAUACAACCCAGGGCCUGAUGAGGGCAUUGUUCAGCUGGAGAAGGAAUUGGCUUACUUGGGGAGCAUGUGCGCAGCUGCUCUCAUGAAGAAAGAUCUUGCUCUCUCCACAGGGAAUGACCUUGAAGACGACCUGGAAAUACUUGAAGAGGCCUCUCUUCAGGUUUGCAAGACCCAUUGUGGGAUCCUGGGAAAGGGGCUGGCUCUCACUCACUCCCCCACCAUCCUGGAGGCGCUGGAGGGGAACCUGCCCAUUCACCUGCAGACCAACGAGCACUCUUUCCUGGAGGACUUCAUCACCUGUGUGCCCAACUCCAGCGGAGGUCGUCUGGCAAGGUGGCUUCAGCCAGAUUCUCAUGCCGACCCUCAGAAGACUUCUCUCAUCCUGAACAAAGAUGACAUUCGGUGUGGGUGGCCCACCACUGUAGCCGUGCAGACCAAAGACCAAUAUGGAGAUGUGGUGCACGUGCCCAACAUGAAGGUUGAAGUGAAAGCGGUCCCCAUGUCUCAGAAGAAGUCUCUGCAGCAGGAGAGUAUGUGUAAAUUCCAGCGCCUCCCCGGCUCCUCCUCCACGGUGUCCUCCCCCUCCGUCUCCUCGGCCCCCUCCUCGUCCUCCUCGUCCUCCUCCUCCAAACCCGGGACAGACCUCAGCUUUGGAGGGUUACCUUUUCCCAAACUGGAAGCCACCUACGAGCCCAUGAUCAUCAAGGAGGCACGCUACAUCGCCAUCACCAUGAUGAAGGCCUAUGAAAACUACUCCUUUGAGGAGCUCCGCCUAGCCUCACCUACACCCAAGAGGCCAAGUGAGAACAUGCUGAUCAGGGCCAAUACUGAUGGGACCUACAGCGCCAACUGGACUCCUGGAGCCGUGGGCCUCUACACCAUUCAUGUGACCAUCGAUGGCAUAGAGACUGAUGCAGGACUGGAGGUGGAAGUGAAGGAGCCACCUAAAGGCAUGAUUCCCCCAGGCAUACAUAUGGUCAAAACAAAGACGGAGCCGCAGCCAAGCAAGGUGCGCAAGUUUGUGGCCAAGGACAGUUCUGGGCUGCGCGUGCGUAGCCACCCGUCCCUGCAGAGCGAGCAGAUAGGACUAGUCCACCUCAACGGAACCAUCACCUUCACUGACGAGAUCCACAAUGAUGACGGUGUUUGGUUGAGGUUGAAUGAUGAGACUGUGAAGAAGUAUGUACCCAACAUGAACGGGUACACUGAAGCCUGGUGCUUGUCCUAUAACCACCAUUUGGCUCGGAGUCUUCUGAUGUCUGUGAAUGAGACCAGAAUGCACACUGAUGAAUUUGUAAAGGAGGCCAGUGGCCAUCCCUGCCUGGACGGCACUGUUCAAGAGCAGAAUGGGGUGGUGGGCCUGGGUCUGGGUGGUGGACCUGGCUUUUAUAAGGUAGUGAAGACGGGACCAUCUGGUCACAACAUCAGGAGCUCCCCAAACCUUAGGGGUAUCCCCAUUGGAAUGUUAGUUCUGGGGAACAAUGUGAAGGCAGUAGGCGAGGUGGUAAACGCUGAAGGCACAUGGGUUCAGCUGGAUAAGAACAGUGUGGUGGAGUUCUGUGAGAAUGAUGAAGGCGAGGCAUGGUCACUGGCCCACGACAAAGGAGGCAACCAAUACCUCCGCCACGAAGAAGAGCAAGCAAUGCUUGAACAUGCAACACACACACCUCCACCUAGUCCGUUUUCGGUCCAGGCUUUUAACAGGCUCUCUGCAGGCAAUGGGGCUCAGGGUUUCGACUAUGGUCUUUCCUCCAACAAAGGUCACCGCUUGAGUACCAUAUUGAACUCUGUUCAGUCUGGACCUUCCCACCCAGCUCCCGCUACACUUGAACAUGCUGCCAAACCUUCCUCCUCCUCCUCCUCCUCUUCCUCCCUUGCCUCCAGUCCAUUUGUGUUUGGACAGUCUGUUACCCAGCUGCAACAGCCACAGCUUCUAAAUGCCACUUGUAACAACGUUACUUCACAUGACCGUGUACACAAAACCAGUAUAGCCAGUUCCCGUGGCACUGCUCUGUCGUCUCUUGCCCUCAAACAAAAGGGUGACCGGGGUAACCUAGCCAUCUGCCCAAAUAUGUCAUCUGGGAAGCGACAAGACCCAUGCGGCAUUAAAUCCGACAGCCACUCUGGAAAGAAUUUUUCAAGUCACACAAAAAUGAAGAAUGACGCUCUGUCAGCCAGUGAGACCUUAAUCUUGAAGUCGGACGCAGCUAAGCUGAAAUCAGACUGCCACAGCCGUUCACACUCACCCAACCACAACACUCUCCAGGCCCUUAAAGCCGAGGAAAGGACGUCUGGUCUCCGGGUCGAUUCGUCCAAUCCCAGUUCCCGGUCCUCCUCUCCAAAACAGAAAGGACUUAGCUCAGGUAGAGCCAGCCCGUCAUGUUCCAACUCACCUCGUUCCGUGUCCCCACAGGACAAGAAUGUUCCCCUUAAAGGUCCGUGCUCAAAAGCUCGUCUGGACCCGCCUCGAGAGAGGUCCAAGUCUGACUCCUACACUUUGGAUCCUGACACUCUUAGAAAAAAGAAAGUACCACUCACAGAGCCACUGAGAGGUAGAUCCACCUCGCCCAAGCCAAAGAUUGUUGCUAAAGAUGGUGCCAAGGCUAGGGGCAAUAUUGAGAACCGCACUCCCUCGCCCCAUGUUGUCCAGGAGAACCUACAUAGUGAAGUAGUUGAGGUUUGUACAUCGGGAACAUUGCUGUCUAACGACGAAAUGAAUGACGAAAAUGGCGAACAACUGACUUCAGAGGAGACUUCCAGCAAGGUGCAUUUUAGCAUUGGAAAAGCUCCCGUGAAGGAAGAGCAGGAGAGUCGCUCUUCGCCCAAAGCCAGCCGCAAGACUUCGAGCAGACACUUGCGCCCCAAAAAAGACAAAUCCGGACCACUUUUUAAGGGAGAGAGCAUGCGGCAUGAACCGGCCAAGCAGGCCAUGUCGCCGUCUGUGGCAGAGUGUGCCCGAGCUGUAUUUGCAGCUUUCUUGUGGCACGAGGGCAUUGUCCAUGAUGCCAUGGCUUGUUCUUCCUUUCUCAAGUUCAAUCCAGACUUGAACAAGGAACAUGCACCCAUUCGUAGUUCCCUCUCUUGCCAGAAAGGCAUAGACGUGAAGGAAACCAAACUCAAGAAUAGGCACUCUCUAGAGAUUUCGUCUGCCCUCAACAUGUUCAACAUUGCCCCUCACGGUCCCGACAUAUCCAAGAUGGGUAGCAUUAAUAAGAACAAGGUGCUGUCCAUGCUCAAAGAACCGACCCUGCCUGAGCGGUGUGAAAAUGGAGGGAAAGGGGAGAGCGUGCCCUACGAGAUGACGCGACACUCCUCCAUGAGAACCAAGUCCAUCUUACCUCUCACGCUGCAGCAUCUCGUGGCCUUCUGGGAAGACAUUUCCAUGGCUACCAUUAAAGCUGCCACCCAAAACAUGAUUUUCCCCAGCCCGGGCUCCAGCGCCAUCUUGAAGAAGAAGGAGAACGAGAAGGACAACAGGAGGUCGAAAAAAGAAAAGAAGAAGAAAGAGAAGGUGGACAUGCGUCCGAGGGGGAAUCUGUUUGGAGAGAUGGCUCAACUCGCUAUGGGAGGCCCGGAGAAGGACACAAUUUGUGAAUUGUGUGGCGAGUCGCAUCCCUAUCCUGUCACAUACCACAUGAGGCAAGCUCACCCAGGUUGCGGGCGGUAUGCUGGAGGCCAGGGGUACAACAGCAUUGGUCAUUUCUGCGGAGGCUGGGCUGGUAAUUGUGGAGAUGGAGGCAUCGGUGGGAGCACCUGGUAUCUUGUGUGCGAUCGAUGCAGAGAAAAGUACCUCAGGGAAAAGCAGACAGCUGCCAGGGAGAAGGUAAAGCAGUCCAGAAAGAAGCCAUUGCAGGUGAAGACCCCCCGAUCGCUGCCGACCAUGGAGGCUCAUCAAGUGAUCCGAGCCAAUGCCCUCUUCCUGCUCUCCCUGAGCAGUGCGGCAGAGCCCAGUCUGCUGUGUCAUCAUCCUCUUAAGCCCUUCCACGGCCACCUACCCAGCCUUAAAGAAGGCAUCUCUGAGGACAUGAACAACAAAAUCGGAUGCCUCUACUUGCAGACUUUGGCACGGCAACAUACUGAAAACUUUGGGUCGUACCAAGACGACAGCUUGUUUCAGGAUGAGUUGCGGUACCUGAGGUCCACCUCUGUCCCUGCACCUUACAUCUCGGUCACCCCUGAUGCAUGCCCUAAUGUUUUUGAAGAGCCGGAGUCCAACAUGAAGUCAAUGCCUCCCAGCUUAGAGACGAGUCCCAUCACUGACAGUGACACAGCCAAGAGGACUGUGUUUCAACGCUCCUACUCUGUUGUGGCAUCGGAGUACGAUAAGCAGCACUCCUCUCCGGCCAGAGUGAAAGCUAUACCAAGACGCAGGGUUCACAGUGGAGAUGCAGAAGUGGGUUCCUCUUUGCUGCGUCAUCCGUCUCCGGAGCUCUCUCGGCUGAUCUCUGCCCACGGCUCCCUCAGCAAGGGCGAGAGGAAUUUCCAGUGGCCCGUUCUGGCCUUCGUCAUCCAGCACCACGACUUGGAGGGCCUGGAGCUGGCGAUGAAACACGCACUGCGCAAGUCUGCCUGCCGAGUCUUUGCCAUGGAGGCAUUCAAUUGGUUGUUGUGUAAUGUAAUACAAACGACCUGCCUGCACGACAUCCUGUGGCAUUUUGUGGCAUCACUGACCCCUUCGCCCUUUGAGCCAGAAGAGGAGGAGGAAGAGGAGAGCAAAGUCAACAAAGACAUUGUGGAUCAGCAGGAAAAGGACCUGGGAGUGUGUGAACAUCCGCUCUCGGACAUCGUGAUUGCUGGAGAGGCAGCUCAUCCUCUACCUCACACCUUCCACCGCCUGCUCCAGACCAUCUCUGACCUCAUGAUGUCUCUCCCCAGCGGCAGCUCACUGCAACAGAUGGCCCUGCGUUGCUGGAGUCUAAAGUUUAAGCAGUCGGAUCACCAGUUCCUGCACCAGAGUAAUGUGUUUCACCACAUCAACAACAUCUUGUCAAAGUCUGAUGAUGGAGACAGUGAAGAGAGCUUCAGCAUCAGUGUCCAGUCGGGAUACGAAGCCAUCAGUCAGGAAAUCUGUGUGGUGACCAGCCUGAAGGAUCUGACCAACAUUGUGGACAUGAAGACGUCUUCACGGCCCGCCAUGAUUGGCAGCCUGACGGAUGGCUCCACAGAGACUUUCUGGGAGUCGGGAGACGAAGACAAGAACAAGACGAAGAGCAUCACCAUCAGCUGUGUGAAGGGCAUCAACGCAGCCUACGUGUGUGUCCACAUAGACAACUCUCGUGACAUCGGAAACAAGGUCACAUCUAUGGCCUUCUUGUGUGGAAAGACUGUUGAGGACCUCUGCCGAAUCAAACAGACGGACUUGGACUUGCGGCACAUAGGCUGGGUGAGCAGUGAGCUGCCGGGGGGAGACCACCAUGUCAUACGGGUGGAGCUGAAGGGUCCCGAGAACACGCUCCGCGUGCGGCAGGUGAAGGUGCUGGGAUGGAAGGAUGUGGACAGCAUCAAGAUCGCCGGGCAGAUCUCCGCCAGCAUCGCGCAGCAGAAAAACUGCGAAGCCGAAACUCUCCGGGUGUUCCGUCUCAUCACCUCACAGGUGUUUGGAAAGCUAAUAUGUGGCGAGUCGGAGCCCACUCCGGAGCAGGAGGAGAAGAACCUCCUGUCAUCACCCGAGGGAGAGGAUAAGGCCCCGUCAGAUGCAGAUUUGAAGGAACACAUGGUGGGAAUUAUUUUCAGUCGGAGUAAGCUGACCAACCUACAGAAACAGGUUUGCGCACACAUUGUGCAGGCGAUACGAAUGGAGGCCACGCGAGUGCGAGAGGAGUGGGAGCACGCCAUCUCCAGCAAAGAAAACGCCAACUCUCAGCCGAGCGACGACGACGUGUCCUCCGACGCCUAUUGCUUUGAGCUGUUGUCCAUGGUCUUGGCGUUGAGCGGUUCGAAUGUCGGGCGUCAGUACCUCGCCCAGCAGCUGACUCUGCUGCAGGACCUGUUCUCUCUUCUGCACACCGCCUCACCUCGCGUGCAGAGACAGGUGACGUCACUACUUAGGCGCGUUCUGCCAGAAGUGACGCCUAUUCGCCUGGCGAGCAUCAUCGGAGUCAAGGCCCUGCCCCCAGCCGACAUUAGCGACAUCAUCCACUCCACGGAGAAGGGCGACUGGAACAAGUUUGGCAUCCUGGACAUGUUUCUUGGGUGCAUUGCCAAAGCGCUCACCGUACAGCUGAAAGCCAAGGGCAGCGCCGUUGUGGCUAUGGCCGGAACUACUGCAGGAAAGGGCAUCACCACUGUCACCCUACCCAUGAUCUUCAACUCCAGCUAUACGUAUCGCAAAGGAGAGAGUCACUGGUGGAUGAAGGGCUCCACGCCUCCCCAGAUCGCGGAGAUCAUCAUCAAGCUUGUGAAGGAUAUGGCUGCUGGUCAUGUCUCUGAUGCCUGGUCGAGGGUGACUAAGAAUGCCAUUGCUGAGGCCAUCAUCGCGCUGACUAAGAUGGAGGAGGAUCAUCGCUCCCCAGUGCGCUGUAUCGCCACAACCCGACUGUGGCUGGCUCUGGCCUCCUUGUGUGUGCUGGAUCAGGACCAUGUGGAUCGCUUGUCCUCCGGCCGCUGGAUGGGCAAGGAUGGACAGCAGAAGCAGAUGCCCAUGUGUGAUAACCAUGACGACGGUGAGACGGCGGCCAUCAUCCUGUGUAACGUCUGCGGAAACUUGUGCACUGACUGUGACCGCUUCCUCCACCUGCACCGGCGAACAAGAUCUCACCAGAGACAAGUGUUUAAAGAGGAGGAAGAGGCCAUUAAAGUGGAUCUUCAUGAAGGCUGUGGGAGGACUAAACUCUUCUGGCUGAUGGCCCUAGCGGACUCAAAGACCAUGAAGGCCAUGGUGGAAUUCCGAGAACAUACAGGAAAACCUACGUCUAGUUCUGAUGCCUGCCGCUUCUGUGGGACGAGGAAUGGUACAGAGCUUUCUUCAGUCGGCAGCGUGUGCUCGGAUGCUGACUGCCAGGAGUAUGCUAAGCUGGCCUGCAGCAAGACGCAUCCCUGUGGCCACCUGUGUGGCGGGGUGAAGAACGAGGAGUUGUGCCUGCCCUGCCUGCACGGCUGUGACAAGGGCACCGGCUGCCUGAAGCAGGAUGCAGACGACAUGUGCAUGAUCUGCUUCACCGAGGCCUUGUCUGCCGCCCCGGCCGUUCAGUUGGACUGCAGUCACGUGUUCCAUCUUCAGUGCACCCGCAGAGUGUUGGAUAACAGGUGGCUGGGCCCUAGGAUCACCUUUGGAUUCAUGUCCUGCCCUAUUUGCAAGAACAAAAUUAACCAUUUAGUGAUCAAAGACCUGCUGGACCCGAUUAAAGAGCUGUAUGAGGACGUGCGGCGCAAGGCCCUGAUGCGGUUGGAGUACGAGGGCCUCCACAAGAGUGAGGCCAUCACCACGCCAGGAGCACGCUUCUACGACGACCCCGCCAGCUUCGCCAUGAACAGAUAUGCCUACUAUGUCUGUUACAAGUGCAAAAAGGCCUACUUUGGUGGAGAGGCCCGUUGUGAUGCGGAGGCUGGGCAGGGAGACGAUUACGACCCCAGCGAACUCAUCUGUGGAGCGUGCUCAGACGUGUCCAGGGCACAGAUGUGCUCUAAACAUGGGACCGACUUCCUGGAGUACAAGUGUCGGUACUGCUGUUCCGUGGCAGUGUUCUUCUGCUUUGGGACCACACACUUCUGCAACGCCUGCCACGACGACUUCCAGAGGAUGACCAGCGUCCCCAAAGAGGAGCUGCCUCACUGCCCUGCUGGGCCUAAAGGCAAGCAGCUGGAGGGGAGUGAGUGCCCCCUGCACGUGGUCCACCCGCCCACUGGGGAGGAGUUUGCCCUCGGCUGUGGAGUAUGCAGGAAUGCACACACCUUCUAAAGUCUAAAAUGUCUGAUCUGAUGAGGUGUGAUGUGGUGGAUGUGACCGGCUGACUGCUUGGACAUUGUAAAGCGGGCAUACCGUAAGAAGAGACCAAACAGUUCAAAAAAUGGCCCGUCGCAAAGAAAUGGAAACGGCGUAGGCUUGUUUAUAGGAUCAAAUAGUCAACCAUGCAGACAGACCGGAGGUAGUAUGGAUGGGAUUUAGGAAAUGACCUUCGAUGUGUGUGUGUGUGCAUGCAAGCUGUUGACAAGACACAGCUCUGAGAAAACGUUGCACAUUCCCUGAGAAACUGAUUGUCGAUGUGUUUCUUCAGGAAAAAGGACUAAGGGAAAGGGAUAUGGAAAACGUAUUAUGACUUCAAAUUAUUGUAUGUAAACAUUUUUUUUCAUAAUCCUGUAUAAUAAUAUUAUUACCUGUUUAGUGCAUCAUGGUUUGACAGGAACAAAUAAAUGGUACAUUCUUGUAAUCAGAUAAAAAAAAGAGAAUGUUCAGUUUUGUUGUUAAUACCGUGUACAUAAUAUUAUAAAAAAAAAAAUGGGUGUAUUACAAAGUUGCUCUCCUCUGUAUACUUAUGUAUUUCUGUUAAGUUUGGUUUCAUUGAGAUGAUUUCAAACCAGAUCUUUUAAAAGAUGAUGUGCAAUACUGGGUGUCCCCCCUCUCACAGCAUAUGUAGACAUAUGUAACAUGUGUCUGUGAAGUUAAAAUGAUCCGUGAAGUCAUUUUUUCAUAUGGUAAUCAAAAGAGUAAAAGCCCAUCCUCCUCCUCCUUCAAGAACUUCUGUACCAAGAAAAUGAUCCCGAUAUUUGACACCUUUUCAGGUUAAUGUGGAGAAAAAAAAUGAAAUAUUCUGAUGAUCGUUUUUGAUGAUGUUGUCUUUUCUGUGUUUUAACCUGUAUGACUACAGAUAUGCUGUUAAUAGCAAGGUGUAAUUGCUGUAAUGCGAUGGGGUGUUUGAAGGAAUUACGACCGUAUACCUUUUUUUUUCUGGAGAGGGGCCCAGGAUAUAAUGCAGGAUGAUCUGGUUAAGGUGUACGUAAUGAAACUGCUGCUCUUCAACUAAAAAGAUUUUGAAUAUGCUCUCUGUAGAAUCUGAUCUGUGGUGGAUGAUGAGCUUGAACGAUAAUAAAUGAGGGUUUCUGUUUCAACAUGUA